UACAUCCCAACGCUUCGAUUUUUCAGCGCUAUCACCUUUCGCAAACAUUACAUACAAACGAACAACUCUGUAAAAGGCCUUCGAAAUGCAAGCUGAUCAUCCGCAAGCCGCCCUCGAAGAUUUCCAGGCGGGUAUCUUCUCCAAGGAUCCUGUUGAAUACAAUGCUGCUAUCAACCUUUACGUCGAGCCUCAAGCGAGCUAUUGCUCGAGCUUGAUCUCGACACACGGAGCUUCGAGGAUCAAGAAUAUUGUCGCCCUCGAGAAACUGUUCGUUAGGUCUAUCAAGGUGGACAAGAGGCCCACAUCGAGAUCUCCUGGAGGAGGUUCCAAAUGGGAUGACAACUCGCAAGUCUAUUUCGUCCCGACGUUGACGACGUACGGACCCCCUUUCGCCUUGCCUCUCGUCGACGUCUCCUUCACUUUCCCUACUUCGCUCACUCUACACUUGAACAUGAAUGAAGAUGACGAUUUCGAGAGUGUCGGUCAAGAUGAGGCGAGGACCAGGUCGGAGAUUGCGUCGUCAGGAGGCGAGGAAAAUCAGAAGACGUUCGUUAUCACCAAGUGGGAAGAAAAGGGGCCGCUAGAUGCGGUCAUCGGAUUUGGAGGCAAGACCGUCAACAAGCUACACCGCUCGUUCUUGCGACCUAUGACCACCCUGAUCAUCCUUCUCCUGGCUGGCACUCGACACUUUGUUCACACUCACCCUUUGUCGGACGGAAUCUUCAAAUUUAUCAUCGCCGCCAUCGUUACGUUUGUGAUCGAGGCGAGGGAUAUCAUCUUGGCCGAGCUCAGUUCGAAACAUCCUCAGAUGGUCUACCAUACCGACACCUACUCCAAGAGCGUCAAGAGAUCUGCGCACUCGGCUCAAUCUUCCGUCUCGAGUGCCUACAACAACCUGACCACCGCCUUACCUCAAAGCCCAGCCUCGUCCAUCAAGAACAGGACCGCGGGUCGAGCUCCUUUCCAACCCUCUUCGUCUACCCCAGCCACGACCUCGGCGUCGACCGUCCACGCUACCGGAGCGGCCGUACAGAAACCGCACAAUCUGGCCGUUCAGGAUCAUGCGUCUUUCGCAGAGGUCGUCAAGGAGGGCGACGCAGGCAAGCAGGACGGACACGCAGACAAAAGGUUGAAUGACAAGAAGAUGGGGGACGAGCCUCACAGAUCGAUGGCGUCUGCAACCGCGGGUAUGGCCGAGGGGGCGAACGACGGGGAAGGGCACCCUUCUUACGCUCAAGUGGUCGUUGAAGGAGACGAGGAGCAUCAUCACGAUCACCCUGCUUCAACUCGGGCCGAACAUCACCAUGCGCCGCCAUCCCAAGAGAGCGCUCAAGAUCAUGGAGAGCAUGCCUCUUACGCUGAAGUCGCGGCCGAGGGAGUGGUCGACCACGACAACUGAACAGUCGACUAAUGUUGACAUCCUCGCCAGUACCCCAAUGGACUCUUUUAUCUUCUCAAGCACACUCUUCUUCAGCUUCAAAUAGAUGCGUGACCGUUACCACGACCGUGAAUAUUGUAUGAUGAACCGGAAAAUGUCACAUUGCUAUAUCUGAGCAAACGUGU